AUCAACCUCAUACUAACACUAUUUAUCAACAUAUCACUAGCCUCAAUGCUAGUACUCAUCGCAUUCUGACUACCCCAACUAAACAUUUAUACAGAAAAGACCAGUCCUUACGAAUGCGGAUUUGACCCAAUAGGAUCAGCACGUCUACCUUUCUCCAUAAAAUUUUUCUUAGUGGCCAUCACAUUUUUACUUUUCGAUCUAGAAAUUGCCCUUCUCCUACCUCUACCAUGAGCAUCCCAAACCACAAACCUAAAAACCAUACUUACCAUGGCACUAGCCCUAAUUUCACUACUAGCUGCCAGCCUAGCCUAUGAAUGAACUCAAAAAGGACUAGAAUGAGCUGAAU